CCCGCUGGCAACGCGGCUGCGACCUCUCAGUUCGCCUCCCUCCCCCAUGGCCUUGGUUUAUCCCCCUGUCUCAGUUCUGGUCGCUAGGGUCAUAGCUGCUGUAGUGACUGACUCUGAGAAGACCCUGGGUCCGGGUCGGAGUCCACCCUUGCUACUCGGUCUUCCAGCCUGCCGACGAGAGACGAGGGGGGCGUGACAUAACCCUGACCCCGCCCCCGCCCGCUUGGCUGCUGGGACUUGGUCGCCAUGACGACGGACUGUACACUACCAUAGCUCCCUAGGUAGCGGGUACUGGCUGCCCUGCUGCUGUAGGAUCAUGGCCUCCCUGAAGCCACAGCAGCUCAGCUUCACGACCACAUCGAGAACACACCUGCGGCCUUUAGGAGUGACCAUAGAUGAUUCUCUCCUCACAGAAACCAAGAGUACUCAGAAACGCAAGCUUUCUCAAAAACGGAAGACACUGUCCGGUUCGUUUUCCACUGGCAGCCACCUGUCCCCAUGGCCCACAUAUAUCAGUGACCAGACCAUUCUGCAUAAUCGAAAGCCCUGUUCAGAUGACUACCGAAAGCGAGCGGGUAGCUGGCAGCAGCAGCCCCUGGGCACUACCAAGCCAAGGUACCUGGAGCAACUAGAGAACUACCUACACAAGGAGCUCCUCCUGCUGGACCUGGGCACGGAUUCUGCCCAAGAGCUGAGGCUGCAGCCUUACAGAGAGAUCUUUGAAUUCUUCAUAGAGGACUUCAAAACAUACAAGCCAUUGCUCUCCUCCAUCAAAAAUGCAUAUGAGGUGAUGCUGGCCCACCAGAGGGAGAAGAUUCGGGCUCUGGAGCCCCUGAAGGCCAAGCUUGUCACUGUGAAUGAGGACUGCAAUGAGAGGAUCCUGGCCAUGAGGGCUGAGGAGAGAUACGAAAUCUCCAUGUUGAAGAAAGAGAAGAUGAAUUUGCUAAAACUCAUUGACAAAAAGAAUGAGGAGAAGAUCUCAUUGCAGAGUGAGGUGACCAAACUGAGGAAGAACUUGGCUGAGGAGUACCUGCACUAUCUCAGCGAGCGAGAUGCCCGCAAGAUCCUCAUCGCAGACCUGAAUGAGCUACGGUACCAGCGGGAAGAUAUGUCACUAGCUCAGUACCCAGGCAUCUGGGGGGAGGACCCUGUGAAGUUAACAGUGGCUCUGAAGAUGGCCCGGCAAGACCUGACCCGCAUGCAGAUGGAGCUCAACACCAUGAAGGCCAACUUUGGAGAUGUGGUGCCCAGGAGGGACUUUGAAAUGCAGGAGAAGACCAACAAGGAUCUGCAGGAGCAGCUGGACAGCCUGAAAGAUGACUAUGAGGAGGUCCGUAAGGAGCACGAGAUGCUGCUGCAGUUGCACAUGAGCACACUGAGAGAGCGGGACCAGUUCUAUGCUGAGCUGCAGGAGAUCCAGCGCACCUCCACACCACGGCCUGACUGGUCCAAGUGCGAAGAUGUGGUGGCUGGGGGUCGAGAUCGCUGGCAUGUGCUGGCCGAAGGCAAGAACAGCGACCAGUUGGUUGACGUGCUCCUGGAGGAGAUUGGCGAGGGGCUGCUCCGGGAGAAAGACUUCUUCCCUGGUUUGGGCUAUGGUGAAUCUAUCCCUGCUUUCCUUCAGUUUGAUGGCAUUGUGGAGAACAAGAAGCCAACCAAGAAGGAUGUGGUAAACAUCCUCAAGGAUGCCUGGAAGGAACGUAUUGCUGAGGAGCAGAAAGAGAAGUUCCCAGAUUUUUUCUUCAAUUUCCUGGAGCGUCGCUUUGGGCCUAGUGAUGCCAUGGCCUGGGCUUACACCAUUUUUGAAUAUAUCAAGCUCUUCCACUCCAAUGAGGUCAUGAAUCAAUUCUAUGCAGUCUUGAUGGGAAAGAGGAAAGAAAGUGUAUACAUCAAGCAGAAGGAGACAAUAGCACAGCUGCUGAAGGAGAUGACACAUGCUGACAGUCAGAAUGAGGGGCUACUAACCAUGGAGCAGUUAAGCACUGUCCUCAGGAGCACCUUCCCCUUCAAGAAGGAUGAGAAAAUUCAGGAACUGAUGGAGGCAGGGGGCUGGCAUCCCAGCAGCAGCAAUGCAGACUUGGUCAACUACCGUUUAUUGUUUAUGGAGGAUGAGGAGGGCCAGAGCGUGCCCUUUCUGCAAAAGCUGUGGGAACAGUACCUGAAUGAAAAGGAUGAGUACUUAUACGAGCUGAAGCAGGAACUGGGCCUGGAACUCCAUGAUAAGGUGACUCUACCUAAAUUACGUGAGGCCCUGAUGACCAUUGAUCCCAGCCUGGACAAGCAGACCCUGAAUGGCUAUUUGAGCCAGGCUUUCCAGUUCCCUGUGACAGAACUGCCAGAAGAGGGUGAGGAAAAGGAAGAGGGCACUGUGAUACAGCUCCAGACUGCACUGGAACAGCUUCAGAUGAGUGACGUUAGGCGUAUGGGGCCUCGAGAGCAGGAACCUGCAACCUAAGGCUGCUCUGGGCAGCCUCAGUGCUCCCGUGCUGCCAACUUCUGACUGUUGGUAUAAAGUUGUUUGUUUG